CUCUUGCCUUCGACACCCGUGUGCCUCUCCCCUUCCUGCUAUGUCCUCAGUCAUCCUCGUCACCGGCGGCACGGGCCUCGUUGGCCAAGGCAUUCGACACGUUAUCGAGACGGAGCCUGAGGGGUCGCGCUUUGGGAAGAAGCCUGGCGAGAAGUGGAUCUUCCUGAGCUCGUCCGAGGCUGAUCUCAGGGACCCUGCGCAAACACAGGCGCUGUACGACAAGUACAAACCCACUCAUGUCAUCCAUCUCGCUGCCCUUGUCGGCGGCCUCUUCAAGAAUAUGAAAUACAAGCUCACCUUCCUCCGCGAGAACAUCCUGAUCAACGACAACGUCCUGCACGCGUCGUACAAGAACCAGACGCAGAAGCUCAUCUCGUGUCUCUCCACCUGCGUCUUCCCCGACAAGGUCGAGUACCCGCUUGAUGAGAGCAAGAUCCAUCUCGGCCCGCCGCAUGAGAGCAACUUUGGCUACGCGCACGCGAAGCGGAUGGUGGAUGUGCAGAAUCGCGCAUACAAGGAGGAGUUCGGUUGCAACUUCACUUCUGCGAUACCAACGAACGUGUUCGGCCCCUACGACAACUACGACCUUGAAGACUCGCACGUUAUUCCGGGACUGAUCCACAAAUGCUACUUGGCGAAGAAAAACGGCACCCCCUUCGUCGUCUCCGGGACCGGCAAGCCGCUGCGGCAGUUCAUCUACUCGCACGACCUCGCCAAGUGCUUCAUUUGGAUGCUACGGGAGUACGACUCGGUGGAGCCGGUAAUCUUCUCAGUCGGCGAGGACGAGGAGGUCAGCAUCAAAGAUGUUGCGGAUGCGAUUGUGAAGGCGAUUGGGUUCGAGGGGAGCUAUACGUUCGACACCACCAAAGCGGACGGCCAGUUCCGCAAGCCAGCGUCGAACAAGCGGCUCGUGUCCCUCAUUGGCCCAGACUUUAAGUUCACGCCGUUCGAGAAGGCGCUGGACGACACCGUAAAGUGGUUCGUGGAGAACUACGACACAGCGCGGACGGGGCUGAAGAAGAAGGCUGCUUAAGUGUUGUCAUGCCGCCACCAGCGGCGACCUGGAUAUGCGCUGGGCCCAUGCACCAGAAGUGUACUUUAGACGUUAUGUGCGACGACGAAGAUGAUGAUGCACCCUUAUGAGUUGACCAUGACCAAGUUGACGAUUCUUGCACGUUGAUGAUGGUCGAGGGCGAUUCCGGUCGGCGCGCAGGUACGUGUGGGCUCGCACAAGUUUGCCACAAAUGUUUCUUGUUGUGCCUUUCUAUGUUCUUUGUCGUAGUUUUG